UCGACUCCCAUAUAUAAGCAUGUCGGCGUGCAAAUUGAGCAUUCUAGUUCAGCUCGAGGAAGGUGAAGAGUUCGAGGAAAUUCAGACGAAGAACAAUGUCGCUGUUACCUGUGUACUACGACUACAGCCCAUUUACGCCAUACUAUGCAUCUGCUACGCCUAUCCGUAGCUUGCUGUCUAGCAUGCUUAACGAUGAAUUAGCUUUGAUGCCACCCCAAAGCCAGGUAGCAACCCGCAGGAGAAAUGUGCCGUCAACUUGGAGACAAACUUUCCACUUGGACAAUUUCAGUCCCGAGGAAGUGAAAGUAAACGUCGAGGACGGGUUCGUGAGGGUCCAUGCACGACACGUCCGUGGGGAUGACCAAAACGGAGAGGUACGUGAGACAAAAAGAUGCAUUAAAAUUCCAGAAGGGGUCGACCAGAGCAAAGUUCACUGCAAAAUGAUGAAUGACAACACUUACUGCGUCGAGGCGCCAAUACUAGCUAAUGACGACGAGGAAGAAAUGGAAGUCGAAAUUGAGAGUGUUCCAGCCAUUACAGACGGCAAGGAAAAAGAUAUGCAGUUGGUCGAGAGCAAUAAGAAGCCAUUCGAGACCAAAGUAGACCUGUCCGUGUUUGAGCCUGACCACAUCACCGUCAAACGGCGGGGGAACGUCGUCUCCGUGGCUGCCGACCAUCAGCGUGAAGAGGACGGAAUGAAAGUGUCCCGUUCAUUCAGACGUGAGUUCACCGUACCAGAGGGCGUAGACUACAAGCAUAUCAAGUGUGUCCGAGAUCCCAAGGGCCAUUUGGCGGUUAUGGCCCCCAGAGCUGACAAAAAGUGAAUGCGUGUGAUGGACAGUUCAACGUUUGUGGACGAUAAUCAUGAUAAUGUUGACUUUUUUUCAUUUCUAGCUACUUAUUUCAUUAUACAAUUUUUGCAUAAUAACGGUUUAAAUCAUGAAAGUUUAAUGGUUUAAAAAUGUUCAUCACAUACUAGUAUAUGUUAUUGGUCCCAAUUUGUGCCAUUCUGUACAGUUUUGUACUUUUUUUUUUUGUUACAAUAAAAAUGUAAAAACAUAAAA